UUAGCUGAGGACUUUUUCGCUGUUGUCGAUGGCCCCUCUAACAGUACUUCCUUAACAGCAGGCCUCGUUUCGUGCCUCUUUGUGGUGGUAUAUGCAUCAUCCAGUUCCAAUGCUGCGAGCAUCUUCAAUCUUCCCCUGCAGCAAAAUUCGGCCAACUAUACAUUCGCCCUUAAUAUUCCAGAUGACUCCACUGAUAUUUACCUUCAUCUGUCUGGCCCAGCAGAUUAUUCAUGGAUAGCGGUCGGGACAGGAGCCGGAAUGCAGAGUUCGCACAUGAUCAUCAUUUAUUCCAAUGCUGAUGGCACGAAUGUGACAGUGAGCCCACGAAUCGCUUUUGGCGAAAAAGAACCCGUUUUUUCAUCUUCAACUUCUCUCGAUCUCUUAGCUGGAACAGGGAUCGUGAAUAAUACGAUGACACUCAAUGCGCGAUGCAACGACUGUACGCAGUGGGCAGACAGACCAUUCGAGGCAGGCAUACCAUUUAAGGGAGGCGGACCAUUUAAGGCAAGCAGGUCAUUCGAUUCAACGUCCACAUCGCAACCGUGGAUUUUUGGGCUCGGUCCAGUUGGGAGCACAUCUGCUAGAAUGCGAAGUAAUUCCAAAACAGCCAACAUAGAAAGACAUUCGAAAUAUGGAGUUUUUAUUAUGAAUAUGACUCACGCGACAGGCGGGACCGGCGGGUUGCCGACAUCCUACGCCAACGCGGCUGGUUCAUCAUCGACUGGAGAAAUCACAAACGACAAAAACCUACCUAGUAUCAUCCAUGCUGUGUUCGUCUGCGUUGCAAUCAUUCUCUUGAUGCCCACAGGCGUGGUCUAUCUUCGUCUCUCCCCAAGGAGUGUGAGAUGGCACUGGGUCAACCAGACAUUAUCCUCUAUCCUAGCCAUAAUAGGUAUAAUCGUCGGGUUUUACCUCAGCCACCUUUUCACAAAGUCGCAGUCGCAUCAUUCUGCGCACCAGAUUAUUGGCACUUUGAUCCUACUGGCGAUUCUAGCCCAGCUGGUCAUGGGUGUCUGGCACCAUCUCUCAUAUAAGCGGAUUCAGUUGCCCACUAUAUUUGGGAAAAUUCAUCGGUAUCUCGGAUACGUCAUUAUGUUUGCUGCGAUCGUAAACGGCGGUAUUGGGCUCUACUGGUCAAAUGCGUCCCAUGCUGUCAUGAUCGGAUACUCAAUUAUUGUGGCCAUCAUAGGCUUAGGACUCAUUGCUGUCUUUGGGUUGGUUGCUUGGCAAUCUAAGAAAGAGAGUAAGGGGUAUACCCGUGACCAUUACGAACUGAGAGGAGUCCAAAUUACAUUGAGUUCCAAUGAACACAUGGGGUCAUCAAAAAGCCUCGACAAAUCGUUUUGA